AAAAACUCAACAUUUUGUAUUCGAUUACUAAUCAUCUACGAAAAUUUAUUUUUUAUUUUUUCGUUUUGUUUUUGUUUGAUUUUAAUUUCAAGAAAAAAUGAAAUCUCUUCACAAUGUUCCUAUCGAAAUUUCAAUGUUAAUGAUGAUGAUAAUGAUAAUUUUUCAAAAAUUUACAACUGGAAUAACAACAGAUGAGAAAAAAUUUUAUUAUGAUUUUGGUAUCCAUAAAAAUAAUGAUGACUAUGGUUAUGAUCAAUUUGGUAAAAAAACUUGGUUACCAUCAUUCGAUUUAAUGAAAGAUUAUUACUUUGUUGAAUGUGGAAAAGAUUUAUACGAUCAGACUGAUUCGUUUGUUGCUAUUAUGAAUCGUAUUUAUCAAUUUCAUUCAACUGAAAAAGAAUUAUUUGUUACAAUAUAUUACCAAGCACGUGAAAGAUAUUCAUCGAAUGAUAAACAAUUAAAUAUUUAUGGUGGUUAUCAAACUUAUUUGUUCAAUAUUGUACCGCAUGCUAAUGAACUUGGUAGAUUUAGAAAACGUCGAAAGGAUAUAUUUUAUUGUUUACCUGAUGAAGUCAAAAAACGUUUACAAAUAUCAUUAAUAUGGCAUAAAUAUAGAGGUUUUAAUAUAUUAAUACGUUUAUUAUUAUGUUGUAAUCGUUAUUGGUUGGUUUUAGAACUUCCAUCCGAACUGAAUGGUUAUUCAAUAACACCUGAACCUAUCACUUAUUUUAAUUAUCAUUCAUUACGACCAAAACAAGAUUAUCAUUUAAUAUCAAUAUCAUAUGGUGAUCGUGUAUAUAAUAUUGUUUACGAAAUUGGUAGUUAUCAAAUUAGAAUGCUUGAUUUUAAUUUAACAAAGCAUUCUGCAUCAUUAUGUUUUGGAAAAGAUUCAACAAGAUCAUUACAACGAAUACGAUCAACUGAAGAAUGUCAAUAUAAUGAUAGAUUUGAUACAAUGACACAUUCAUUAAUUAAUUUUUUUCAAAUAUUUACAUAUGGUUUUACAAUUUUUUCAGAUCUAAUAUUAGUAUCACGUGAAAAAGAUUUAAUAUUGAUUGUUGAUCAAAAUCUUUUCGCAACAUUUAAUCAAGAAUUUAUAUUUAAAACGAGAAAUGCUAGAGAUUUUUUUACUUGUAAUCAUCUGCCAUCUUGUAAUCAAUCAAAUGAAUUGUGA